AUGGGCAACUACGUUUCAUGCACCCUCACUCACCAAACCAGAAAAACCUCAACAACAACAAAAGUAAUCUUACCCAACGGUGAAAUCCUUAACUUCCACGAACCAAUCAAAGCUGCAGAACUCAUGCUGGAAUCACCAAACUCCUUUGUUGUCAACUCUAAAUCACUACGUAUCGGAUCGCGCUUUUCGGCCCUUAACGCCGACGAAGACCUUGAGUUUGCGACCGUUUACGUAAUGUUUCCGAUGAGUCGGGUUAACUCGGUUGUCACGGCAGCUGAUUUGGGCUCUCUUUUUAUAACGGCUAAGAAAAUCGGUAGAGUUGUGCCUGAAACCGUGGCGGCGCCGCCGCGGUUGAAGCUGGAGGAGAUUGAAGAAGUGUCGGUUGAGUUUAAACGACGGAUGACGAUGUGUAGGUCGAAGAAGCCGUUGUUGGAUACUAUUGAGGAAGAACAUGUUUGCUCUAGAUGA